AGACGACAUCAAUUACAACAAUGGACUCGAGAGCAGACUCUGCCAAUUCGAAGGUCAGGCCUGCGGUAGGGCCGUCGAAGACCCUAGACUGGGCCAAUCUGGGUGUUGGAAUCAGUCGAGAAGUCAAUGGUCAUGUGGAAUGCAUGUGGACGGCACCCACGGGUUGGAGCGAACCAGUAUUUGUCAGAAGCUCGAAGCUCGAGAUCAGCGGCUUGUCGUCCGCCCUCAAUUACGGCAUGCAGGCAUAUGAAGGCAUGAAAGCUGUCCGAGGUUCAGCCGGUCAAAUCCUCCUCUUCCGGCCCGAUCAGCACGCGGCUCGCAUGCAGCAUUCGUGCGAGUACGUCUCCAUACCCUCAGUACCCAAGGAGUUGUUUAUCCAGUGCGUAUCGCUUGCUGUCGCACAGAACGCGGAGUUUGUUCCCCCGUUUGAAGCUCCUGCUGCGCUUUACAUCAGACCUCUGGCAUUGGGCACAGGCGCGCAGCUGAACAUAAUUCCCCCGACCGAAUUCAAGUUCUGCGUCUUUGUGCAGCCAACUGCAGCUUUGCUCGGCCAUGCGUCCCCUGUCGACGUUCUGAUCAUUGAGAAAUUUGACCGUGCUGCUCCUCGCGGUACCGGUUCCGCAAAGAUUGGAGGCAAUUAUGCUCCUGUCAUGAGAUGGCAGAGACAAGCCAAGCAGGAAGGAUUCGGUUUGACCCUGCAUCUUGACAGUCGCACACAAACAGAAAUUGAGGAGUUUUCCGCGGCAGGCUUCAUUGGAGUCAAAAAAAGUGGCGACGGCUAUAGACUGGUCAUUCCGGACAGUUCAAGUGUCAUUAAAAGUGUCACAAGUGAUACCUGUGUUCAACUUGCGAACGCACUGGGUUGGAAUGUUGAGACACGACCCGUCAAAUAUACCGAGCUGCGCGACUUUGACGAGGUACUUGCUGUUGGCACUGCGGCCAUAGUGGUGCCCAUCAGGUCCAUCGUACGCAAGUCAACCUCAGAGGUGUUCACAUAUGAUUCGGAGGGCACUGGAAAAUGUUUCAAGAUUCUGUUUGAUACGAUUCUGAGCGCUCAGCGGGGUGAGGAGAUGUCGACCUCUGACUGGAAUCUAGCAGUUCACCCUCCAGAGUAUUGAAUAUCACAGAACGUAUCUGAAUAGCUCUGCAUAGGUAGACGAAAGACUCAAUCUCAGUUCAUUCUGUGCCUGAUCACGUUACCUUCGGUGGGGCUUGGUAAUGGGUGCCUAUUCGUCCUCGGGAUUACCGAACAUGUUGCUCGGACCGCCGACCAUGUCGGAGGGUACUGCUCGCAGUCGGACAACUGGUGCUAACCUGUAUCGGACACUUACUCUCAUCUUCGGAAGCAGACGUUGAAUACAAUCCAGUAGCCUUGGCUUCAAUGAUCUAAGCUUAUACAAAUCGUCUGCAAGACUGUCUCCUGCCAGC